AUGCCUGUGGAAUUGCGCAAACGCAAGGCGCCUCAGCCGCCGCCGGCUCCGGUGCCCGUCGCGAAGAAGGCCUCGAAACCUGGCAAACCCGCCGCGGCGACCAAGGCGACCAAGGCGACCAAGACGACCAAGACGACCAAGGCGACCAAGGCGACCAAGGCGACCGAGGCGGCCAAGGCCGAGGCCGAGGCCGAGCCGGAGCCGGAGGCGUCUCCCAGCAAGGACGAAGCUGCCAAGGAAGCUGCAAGGCAAGAUGCAAAGCAAGAUGCUUCGCCGGCUGCUGCGGCCGUCACCGCCGCCCCCGCCGCCCCCGCCGGCAAGGUUGCUGUCGGCGACGUGGUCGACCUCGAAGGGUUUGGCGCCCAAGUCGAGACCAACGACGGCAAAAAGACGACGCUGAAGAAGCUCGUCGAAGAGAGCACCAGCGGUGUUGUGCUGUUCACGUACCCCAAGGCUUCUACGCCCGGGUGCACCAACCAAGCCUGCCUGUUCCGCGACGCGUACGACGCCCUGACGGCGGACGGGCUGGCCAUCUACGGCCUCAGCACCGACUCGCCCAAGGCCAACACCACCUUCAAGGACAAGCAGAAGCUGCCGUACCCCUUGCUGUGCGACCCGCAGGCCACCCUGAUCGCGGCCAUUGGGCUGAAGAAGCAGCCAAAGGGGACACAGCGCGGCGUCUUUGUCGUCGACAAGAAGGGCAAGGUGCUGGUGGCCGAGCCGGGCGGUCCCGCCGCGACCGUGGACACGGUCAAGGCUCUGGUGCAGGAGCUGAAGAAGUAG